AUGGCAAGUCAAGUCGGCCAAGGGCUCGGGAACAUGGCGGGCAACGGUACAGCCACAGCAGGAAGCUUCCUCGCCUUCUUAGUAGAAGAUGUGCAAAAGUCGACUUCCUCGUACGCUACGGUAGUGAUACUCCUCGUCUUUGCGAUCUUUGUCCACAAGUUCUCGUCGCCCGAGCUGGACAGUCGCGAGCCGCCAGCGAUGAAGUCUCGGAUUCCAGUCAUUGGGCACUUGAUUGGCAUGAUCCAGCACCAGAGCCGGUACUUCAAGGUCUUGGAACGCCGGAACAUGGGCAUCGCGACGCUACCUAUCCUAAAUGGCAAGAUGUACGGCAUUUGGGACCCGAUUUUAAUCCAGGCCGUGUACCGAAAUCGUAAUCUUUCAUUCGAGCCAUUCGCAGUUGAGUUUGCGCAGAGGGAAUUGGGCUUCAACAACGAGACGCUUAAGAUCAUUGAAAACGGUACCUUGUUGCCUGAGUUCUUUGAGGGUAUCCACGUUGGCAUGGCGGCAGAUAACCUGCAUCGCAUGAAUGCCUCCGCUCUCGCAUACGUAUCUGAUGCGUUGGAUGAUCUCUGCAGAGGGAACGAAGCUUAUGAAGCGAGUAAUUUCUGGAUAUGGGUGCGGGACUUGAUGACUAUGGCGACUACCGAGGCCCUGUACGGGCCCGGAAAUCCGCUAAAAAAGGAUGCAAGCCUGAUGAAGGAUACCUGGAUCUUCGAAUCGGACCUACCGGUGCUGAUGCUGGGCAUCGCGCCGUCCAUCACGGCACGCAGAUGCUUUAAGGCGAGAGCACGGCUUCAAGCGGCGUUGGGCGAGUACUACGGAAGCGAUGGGGAUUCGCACAAGGAUGCAUCGCAGAUCGUCAGGAACCGCGCCAAUGUUUUGCGAAAACACGGCAUCCCGGGCAGGGAGGUGGGAAUAUUCGAGGUUGCGCUGCUGCACGUGGCCACCUCCAACACCAUUCCGACGUUGUUCUGGUUCAUGGUACACGUCUUUAGCCGUCCCGAGCUGGUGGCACGUCUGAGAGACGAACUCUUGCCGGUGGCGCAACAUGGUGGUAACGGGGAGGUCACGCUUGACAUUGGCACCCUUGACGACCGUUGUCCCUUGCUUGUGCGCUGCUAUCGCGAGGCGAUUCGCGUAUCAAGUAAGGGAAUGGGCAACCGACGCGUGCUGGAGGAUACGACGAUAUCGGAUGGUAGUGGGAAAUCAUAUCUCCUCAAGAAGGGGUGCAACGUGCAGAUGUCAUCUCAAGUCAGCCACAGCUUAGAGAAAGCUUGGGGAAAGGAUCAGGAGUCGUUUGAUCCAGAUAGAUUCAUCGUCAAGACUGGGAAGGAACAUGCCGAGACGGAGAAGCUGAAGCGGGCGGCCUUCAUACCCUUUGGCGGUGGGAGACACCUGUGCCCUGGACGCAACUUUGCGUUUGCAGAGAAUCUCGGCUUCGUGGCGUCUCUGUUGCUUGGAUUCGAUGUUGUGCCUCUGGACGGGAACAUGGAAUCGACGGCCAAGGUGCCCAAAGCAGCGGGAUGUUCGAUGACUGGAGCCGCCGUUAAACCCGUCGAUGAUGGCGAGGGUUAUGGAGUCCGAGUUCGGAGGAGAGAGGGAUGGGAGGGCGUGAAAUGGCGGUACAUUAGCUGA